GGGUUUUUUGAUGCAAUGUCUGAAUCAAUGCAUAAAGUAAAUAUUCUUUCCAACCAAACAAAUGCUAACCAUGUUCCAGGCAGAAAGAAAGCUCAUAAUCCCCCCACUCCCGUUUUUCCUAUCAGAAAUGAUCCCACUUUGGUGCAAGAGUACAGCCCAGACAUAUGUAACUACUUUUUACAGGUGGAACGGGAGUUGUACAGCGAUAGAAUGUAUAUGACCCGCCAACCAGAGAUAACUGAAAGGAUGAGAAAAGUUCUUAUUGACUGGCUUACCGAUGUCAAUAUUGAGUUCAAGAAUCAUUCUGAAACAUUUUUUCUGGCUGUUGAUAUCAUAGAUAGAUUUCUUUCCAAACGUGAGGUUUCCCGUGGUAAGCUCCAACUAGUGGGGAUAGCUGCAAUGCUCAUUGCGGCAAAACAUGAGGAAGUAUGGCCUCCCUCGGUUAGAGAGUGCGUUGUGGUAACUGCGAACACAUGCAGCGAAUCUGAAUUAAUUAAAAUGGAGUGUGAGAUAGCUUGUGAACUCCGUUUUCGGUUUACAGUUCCAACUUUGUACCCUCUGGCUUGCUUUCUAUUGAGCCUUAAAAAUUAUAGACCUGACAUUCGUGACGCAUGCUUUAUGUUUCUUGAAAGCGCUACACACUCUUAUAUCAUGUUGUCCUAUUUACCUUCUCGAAUUGCAGCAGCUUGUGUAUUGCUUGGUGUUGCUCUUGUGGCAAACAAUUCAAAUCAUCAUAUUAAGGGUUACACCCUUGAGUAUUUAUGGAACUACGAAAUAUCACCCUUUCCAUAUGGCAUAACUCUUCAUGAAAUAAGACCCGUGGCGCUACAACUACUAACAUUCACACAAAAACUUUGCUCAGUCCCAUCAAGACUUCAAGCGAUUAGAAGAAAAUAUCUUUCUCCUAUGUUUCACGGAGUUGCUUCAUUAGAAUUUCCAUCACCCAAUUUUUUUUUGAAAUGAAGAUGUUGGAUAGGGUGCAAUAAAUUUAGACUUUGUAACCCUUUGGAAUCACUCUAAACAGAUAAGAAGUGUAGUCGAACAUUAUUUAAGAUCCCCGAAGUUUCUUUCUAGAUGCACUGUAUUUACGUCUCACAUGCAUUAUGUAUGUAUGUAGAUUAAAAUGAGAAAACCAAUAUAUUCUUACUGGGUUUAUGCAUAGAUAUAAAUACGCAGCUUUU